AUGGAGGACGAAUCACCUAUAGGUUCUCCAAUUUUAAUAUUGGAUAAAAAAGAUCCCGUAUUUAAUAGUGAAUCUGAAGACGAAAAUGUAUCUUAUUCUGUUAUUGAUGUGGAAAAGAGAGAGAGGAUGGUUGAGGCAUUUUCCUGGAGUCCUCAAGGAAGGGGGGCAGAAGCUGAGUGUAAAAUAUCGAUUGAAGAGUUCAGAAUUCGAAUAAAAAAUUUAUGCCAAGACUAUUUUUUAGAUUAUAAGACUCAGGAUUUUAUCAAUGGAUUAAAGUGUAUUUCUUGCCCUUCUUUACACAAUUUAGUUAUUGUAAUUGCCGUCAGAAUGGCUUUGGACUAUAGUUUGAGCGUGCAACAACAGGUUUCAGCAUUACUAACAAUAUUGAAAGACUCUCACUUAAUUACUCAACAACAAAUCGAAGAUGGGCUUGAAAAACUUAUCCAGUCUAUAGAUGAUAUAUGUUUAGACGCCCCCUAUUCUCCAGAAAGAUUAGAAUGCCUUGUAGAUUGUGCAAUAGUUGAUGGUAUUAUCCCAUCCAAUUUCAGGUGUAGAUACCCCGAGGCUUUUUUAAACAAGUUAAUUGAGUUGCGUAGAGUACCAGAUAGUAAUCUACAGGAAAUUUGUAGUGCAAAUGAAAUAAACGGUUUGAUUCUUCAUUUAAAAACUCUCAGAAAAUUCAAAUCAUUUAUACUUGAAAAUGAGGAGGAUUUUUUUUCUUCGGGAUUCAAUGUUGCUGAGGUCGAAAAAAUAAUUUCAGAUGCUCAUUUGGCUGCCUAUAGAACGGCAUUUUGGAACGGUAUUGACUGGACGUCUAAUUCGUUCGCAGAUAAAGCCAGUGAAAACGAUCUAGUUCCCUCAACACUAUGCUUUAAUCAUGAGUUUGUAAAAAAUAUUGUAAUUGCAUCGAUGAGUCGAAAUAAUCUACAAAGAGAAUUGGUUUCUAAUGGUUUGAAUCUAUUAUCGCCUUCGAUAAUUAAUUCAGUUGAUAUCUCAAUAGGUUUUAUGAGGCUUCUUGGGAACCUAGACGAUUUGUCAUUAGACGUACUUAAUGCAUGUGAUCUAACAACAAAAUUUAUAACAAGAUGCAUUGUAGACGAACUCCUUCCGCCUUCUUUUAUAACAGUUAAUUCAAUCCUUCACAUGGGAGGUCCUGGCGGUACUCAGGCAUUAAAUAUGUCAGAGCAGUUUCUACGCAACAAACCAAGGAAUUUAUUGAGGUAUCAGACACAAAAUAUUUGGUUGCAAAACGGGGAGGAGAAGGAAGAUAUGAUAAUUAAAAUGAAGGUUAGUGAAGUAUUAAAUGAAUAUUCUAUUUGUCUUGACAAAAGGAAAUGUAUCAAGACACUUUAUUCACUACCCUUAACCCAAACUAAUAAGAAAUAUUUAGUUAAGUAUAUUAUUCUACAUUUCAUCGAGAAAAUAUUAUCUGGUUCUGAUGAUCUGUUAUUUGAUCAUUCUAAUAUCGGUAAUCAGCCGAAUAAUAGCUUCUUGGAAUUUUGUGAUCGAGAAAUGAGAGGAGGCAUAUCUUUAUUGGAAUAUUUGUUGAGCCAGGGAUUUCUUGAUGAGGAGGCAAUUAUGGAAGGUUUCCAUAUAUAUAUAGAUACGACGCCUGAUCUUGCAUCAAUAAGCCCACGCACAAAAGAGCUUUUUUCAGUUUUUGUAUCAAAAGCAAUAGAGCGUGCUUUGCUUCCAUUUGAUUGGAAAACAAUGUAG